CACAAACACGGUUCGCGGGUCAAACGAAAUAAAACGAAAGAGAAACAACAACAAGUUAUACCAAGUGAGACUUUAACGGGCAAUACAUACAUUACGCCAAGCGUGCGGAAAAAGGAUCAGUAAGGAAGUGUGCGUAUGAUUUUGAAAUUGUGAAAAAAAAACAAGAAACGUGAGACGUGUAAAAUUAUAUAGUAGUAUUUCUUGUAACCGCAAAGAUUUUAAUGGCAAUCACGCGCAAAUUUCGGAAAUUGUGAAAUUUUUCGCUAAACAAAACCAAACCAGAACUGGAAGUGCCCGAAGCAGCACUUACAUUGAAAGUAGCAAGCGUGCAGCCGUUUAUUGCACAUUUAACAAAUUAUUGAGAAUUAAAAUAUUUUAUAAACAAACUCACGAACACACACAGCACAAACAAACAAGCAAACUAACAAAAAAGACAAUAGGGCAUACAAAAAUGUGUGCCAGUGUCAUAAAUCAAAUUAACACCGAAUGCGUUAGCAGCAGCAACAAAAACAAAACAGUCAUUAACACAGCCAGCUGUGACGUCAUGGACAACAGCAACAAUAACAGUCACAUGCUUGCCAGCAGGCGCUGCCACCGUCGGCGCUAUGAGUUCACUGCCACAACACGCUCCGCUGCCCACUCAUCGCUGCCGUCAUCGUCGUCGCGGUCAACUUCGCUGCUGCUGCUCCCGCUGCUACUAAUCGCCGCCUCUGUAUUGCUGUGCGCUCCAAAACCGGCUAAUGCAGUCGCCACAAUGGCUAGUGCUAACAACAAAGGUGCGCGCGAAUCUAUCAGCAACAGCAGCGUAUAUGAAAAAGCUGCAAAUGUCACAGCUGCGGAAACAACAACAAUAACAACAACAAGUGUGUUCCGAAAUACGAAGUGUUUUGUAAUCAUAGACGGCGUCCAAGACAUGCGUGAAGUUGGCACAGUUUGGGUUUCCUCAAAUGACUCUUGCGCUGUACACACUUGCGAAUUCGAUGCAAGCGGUGCCCCCCAGGAGGUCGUCACUAAGGUGGAUUGCGGUCAGUUCUACUGUGAUGUGGAUUCGGAAGUGCGCCCGCAACCGGGUAGCUGUUGUGGAGAAUGUGUACGCACCAAAUGUCGCUUCAACGACACCGUCUACGAUGUGGGUCAGAUGUGGCAUAGUUCCGAUGGCUGCACCAUGUACGAAUGUGCGCCGCUAUCAGGCGCUACCGAUGUUACACCUUUGAUAAAUGUAUUUGAAAAGACCUGUCCGCCUCUACCAUUAGAUUGUCCACGCGAGCAGGUCUAUGUUAAAGACUGUUGUAUGCAGUGUCGUGGCAGUGACGGGAAUAUGGAGCGCAGCAUGUCCAAUUCAGAUAGUAUGCGUGCCGAGAAGGCUGAGGUGUGGAACGAGGAAUUCUAUCGCAAUCAUCCGUGUGUGCGUGAAUGCCAAGCGGAUGCCGCGCCGAUGACAUGCUCUUACACUUUUGUUGUUGAGUGGUAUCAAACUCUAUCGAAGGCUUGCUAUGAAUGCCCACAAAAUACCACAGACUGCGAACGUCCGCACUGUGUGCUGGCCGAUGGUAUCGAACGUAGUGUCAUAGUGGUGAAUCGCAUGAUGCCCGGACCGGCAAUAGAGGUAUGCGAGGGCGACACGAUCGUAGUUGAUGUAACAAAUAAACUACUUGGUGAUAGUACCACCAUCCAUUGGCAUGGCAUUCAUCAGCGCGACUCUCCUUAUAUGGAUGGGACUCCGCACAUUACGCAAUGCCCCAUCUCACCGCAUUCCACUUUCCGUUAUCGUUUUCGCGCAGAUAAUACCGGCACCCACUUUUGGCACUCGCACACUGGCAUGCAACGGGGUGAUGGCGUCUUCGGUGGGCUAAUUAUACGCCAACCACGCGCUAGCGAUCCGCACGGACAACUUUACGAUUUUGAUUUGUCCGAACAUAAGAUGAUACUACAAGACUGGGUGCACGAGGCUGGCGCAAGCAUCUUUGUAGGGCAUCAUCAUUCGCGCGCUGAUAAUAAACCAGUCAAUUUGCUGGUGAACGGACGUGGUCGUUAUUAUUAUGGCAUUUGGAAAGAAAUUAAGGAGGCAGCGAGAACCGAUUUAGCAGCUGAACAAAGUAUGAAGGACGUUAGAUCAAAGCUCAAGUCAACAGCAUUGCCCACAACUACGCCCAUGCCGAUGACUACGCCAACUGUUACGACACCAGUAGUAACUGAUGUAGUAAACCAGCCGAGCAUUGAUUUCCCCAAAUACCAGAUUGACCAACUGCAACCAUCAAAUAAUUCCGGUUUAAAUAUCAUGCGUUUAAGAGAAUCUAAUGAGAUUUUACGCUUAGCUCGUGUGGCCCCAGAAGAGCGUCCGCAGUUGAUCAAUAACUCUGAAGUUAGAUCCAGCAUCGACACAUCAGCUGAUUCCUCCGACGCGCAUCGCGCGAAACGCGCAGUGGGCGAGAUCCCUUUAGAGAAAAUGCCACUGCAAACCUAUCAUGUGCGCCAUGGCUUCCGCUAUCGUUUCCGCAUUAUUAAUGCCGAGUUUCUCAACUGCCCUAUAGCUGUAUCGAUUGAUAAUCACACACUCACGGUAAUAAGUUCUGAUGGUUAUGAAAUUGAACCACUCGAAGUUGGCUCGCUCGUCACCUAUGCGGGGGAACGCUUUGACUUCGUACUAAGUGCAAAUCAAUCCAUCGGUAACUACUGGAUACGCUUCAAGGGUCUCAUGGACUGCAGCGAAGAAUUCACAUCCGCCUUCCAGGUGGGCAUACUGCGCUACGAGGGUGCAGCCAAUGAUGAACCAAACGGUGUUUUAGGUUGGGCGCAUAAGGCAGAGGGCAUUGAGUUGAAUGCGAUGAAUCGGGGUUCAGGAUAUGCGGAUUCGUUGACUGCAGCAGAAAUGACAGCGUUACCAAUUUAUAAUUCGACACCAGGCGUGGAUCGUGAUGCGCUCAAGACCGUGCCGGACUACAAAUUUUUCAUCUACUACGAUUUCUAUGCCAAGGACAAUCCCAAUUUCCAUCCAGUUGAUUACUAUGCUUUCAACAAAACUAUGGGCGCCAACAACAGGGUAUACACACCGCAACUGAAUCACAUUUCGCUCGAGUUCCCACCAAUUUCAUUGCUGGCCGACCGCAACGAUGUGGAUGACUCACUCUUCUGCAACGAAACGAGCCUCCAACAGCAGGGCAUCGAUUGUCGCGAAGAAUUCUGCCAAUGUUAUCAUGUGCUGCAGGUACCACUCAACUCAGUUGUGGAAUUGAUUCUGGUCGAUGAGGGUUUCACUUACGAUGCAAAUCAUCCCUUUCAUUUGCAUGGCAACGCUUUUCGGGUAGUUGCACUCGAGCGUUUGGGCGUCAAUGUAACAGUCGAGAUGGUGAAACAACUCGAUCGCUACAAUUUAAUCAAACGCAAUCUUGAUAACCCGCCAGUCAAGGACACCGUUACCGUGCCGGAUGGUGGUUACACUAUUCUCCGCUUCGAGGCCUACAAUCCCGGCUUUUGGCUAUUUCAUUGUCACAUCGAAUUCCAUGCUGAAAUCGGCAUGGCGCUGAUCUUCAAAGUCGGCGAUAAUGAUCAAAUGAUGUCAGCGCCCAAAAACUUCCCCACGUGCCACAAUUUCAUGAACAGUGAUGCCGAUGAUCCCGUGGAUGAUAACACCACUGCGACCAAUACCAACACAACCGAGUCCUUCACCACAACAACACCUUACACCGGUAGUAGCGCAGCGCUGAGUGCGCGGUGGUACAGCCUACUCUUUGGUCUGUUGAUGUGGGGCUCUUCGUGCUUUGGACUCUUCAGUGCGGCAGUGGGAAUCCGUUGAUUUUAUGAUGGUUUACUAAAAGAGUUAGUGAUUUUAGAGCUUAAUGGAUGCUGGCGGAUAUAUUUAUUGAUUUUUUUUUUUUCACUGAAGCUAUGAGUACAUAACACUUCAAUAGAUCCCACCAGUGAUAAAUAUUUACCAAGGGAGCACUGAAAUGAUUUAAUUUAUUUGUCCGAUUAGUUUGUGCGAAGCUGGUAACAGUAUUUAUUUUUAAGGUAGAAAGGCUUUCAAGAAUAACUGUGAUUAAUUAGUAAAGUAAAAUAGUUUAUUAAUAGGUUUGAUUGUAAAUAGAAGACACGCUGAUUGUGUAUAUUUAAAUAUGAAAUAAUGUACAUAUGUAACUUGGUUUUUAUGAC